GAUUGAAUUGCGGUAGAUUCAUGUUUAUAUUAUUUUAUGAUGCAUUGUCAAGUGGCAAUUGAAGGAGUACUAAAAAAGAAAUUAUCAGCUAACAAUAGGCAAGAAGACAACUCAUUACUGAAGUACACCUCCUCCUAAGGCGUGUUUCUCGUCUGUAAGAUUCAAUUGUUCUAAAAUUUCAAAUAAGUCCAUUAUGAAUUAAUCUUUCUUAUUUCCGAUCCAGGCUCAACUUGUACUAAAAUAAUUAUGAAAUUUUAAUCAGUGAAGUAGAUACAGGCACAAUCUACCACUAGACCCGCCUGUUUUGGCAAAAGGAUGAUUCGAUCCUACCAUAUGCUGGUGAUUCUACUAAUAGGAUUCGUGAAAUUUGAAUUGAUAUCGGCUUUGCACGAGUACAGAGCAACAGAAGAAGAUUUAUCAUUUCUAUACUGUAAGAGGGUAUGUAAUGGUCAACCUAAAAACUGCUACUUCAAGCUGUUCAUCGAAAGAUAUAGUGUUCUUGGAGGUGCUUGCCUAAAUUGUACUUUCGGCACUGCUGGGCAUUGUCAUAAACGACAGUGCGUUACUGCUAAUGGGCGUUACAGAGGUAUGAUUACAGUAAAUAGGCAACUACCUGCACCAUCUAUACAGGUAUGUAAAGGUGACAGAAUAAUCGUAGACGUGAUGAAUUUAAUGCAUGAUGCUACAGUUAGCAUUCAUUGGCAUGGUAUAAGACAAAACGGUUAUCCAUUUUUUGAUGGUGUCCCAUACGUGACACAGUGCCCCAUACUGCCAGGCACUACUUUCAGAUAUGACUUUUUUGUAAAUGAUGUAGGAACAUUUUUCUACUAUUCUCACAUAGGCGUACAGAAAAUGGAUGGUGUUUCUGGAUCACUUAUUGUCAGAGACUCCUACGACAGUCAGUCAGGUUUAUAUGACGUAGACUGGCCUGAGCAUGUGAUUUUCGUUAGUGAUUGGUACGACAGACCAGCAUCGGAGUACCUCCCAGGAUACAAUCAUCGCGAAAUGAAACAAGUUCCAGAGACCUUCUUAAUAAACGGAAAAGGAUUGCACUAUGCCAACGACAAAGACAUGGUCUUACCACUUGCAGAAUUUGAGGUUGUUGAAGGCAAACGAUUUAGAUUUCGUUUGAUUGGUAGUAUCUUUAGUAACUGUGCAGCAGCCGUAACGUUCCUUGAUCAAAAAGUCUUAGUAAUCUCUGCAGAUGGAAACCUAAAAUUUACUCCACAACUUGUAGACACGGUCGUUCUCAACUCGGGUGAUCGUUUUGAUGUGGUCCUUGAAGCAAAUAGGCCUAGUGGUAUUUAUUUCAUUUCUGUCACAAGCACUAAUAAAGUUCAUUGUAAUAAAAUUCAUCAAUUGGCUAUCCUAAGGUAUAAGGAUAAUAAAGUUGUGGACAAACCUAAUUACCCCCCUCCACCCAGCAACUUGGGUAAACAAUUCAAUGCAGUUGAAUCGAAUUGUGAUAAAAGCAACAGCGAAAUGAUCUGUAUCAGUCAUCUGGAAGGUGAAAGCAACGUACCAACAAAACCAGAUCAAUCCUACUACUAUCUGAUGGUGGGUCUAGAUUUUUACUAUUAUUAUGAUGAAGACUUAUUUGAUGAAGGCACAUAUCAGCCUUAUAAUGAAUGGAAAUAUGACACCAGGUUCUUAUCGAUGAUAAACAAUGUUUCAUUCAAACUCCCUGAAGCUAAUUUACUGUCCCAGUUUGAUGAAGUAGAGAAAUUAUGCACUGUUGAUUGUCCAGAUAUGCCAAACAAUAAGCCUUGUCACUGCACCAAAAUCUAUGGGCUCAAAAAUAAAGAUUUCUACAAUUUGAUUCUUUACGACAAUAGCGAUUAUACUUUUAUGAGACAUUCUUUUCACCUUCAUGGCCACAACUUCCAUGUUAUUGAACAAGGCGUAUUUCCUUCACGGGAGGAAAAACCGAAAUUUCUGAAUCAAUUGAUGUACAGAUUGAGAGAAGAUGAAAAAUCCGAUAUAUCCCGAAAGCCGCAAAGAGAUACUAUAACUAUUCCUUCUAGGGGCUAUGUUCUCACACGAUUUUAUUCUGACAAUCCAGGUUAUUGGCUGCUACACUGCAAUUUUGGAUUCCACAUGGAUUCUGGAAUGGCUGUUGUCUAUAAAGUUGGAAAAAAUUCAGAGCUAAAACCAGUUCCUAAGCAAUUUCCUCGCUGUGGCAAUUUCCUACUUAAAGACUAACAAGAAUGCGAAAGUAAAGAAUACCUAGUAAGCAAAAGUAUAAAAAACUUCGAUUGUUAUAUUUCUUGUUUAAUGAUAAUCAAUAAAAAUUAACAAAAUAAUUUAAAAUGAAUUAACCUAAGUUGUUUUUGUGUUAGCA